AUGCCCACCACGUACGACGAGUUUGACUGGGUAGUGCAGCAGGGCGUCCGAGCCGUGGUGACCAUGACCGAGAACCCGCUGCCCGACCGGUGGACGUCGAACGUGGACUAUCUCCACGUUCCGACACAGGAUCUUGCGGCCCCCAGCAUAGACGGCAUAGACGCGGCAGUGGAUUUUGUGCACCGGCAUGUGUCAAAGGACCAGCCAGCCAUGGUGCACUGCGCCGCGGGUCUGGGCAGGGCGGGAACCAUACUCGCAUGCUAUCUGAUUAGACACAAAAAUUACUCUGCGCGGGAGGCCAUAUCCGAGAUAAGGCAGAAGCGGCCGGGAUCCAUACAAUCAGACGCGCAGGAGCUUGUCGUGUCGUUUUAUGAGAGGCACGUCAGGGGCUAG